UUGGUUGUGUAUUGGAUAUUCUCGCAGUAUAGAUAACGGUAUAGGUUAAACGUGGGAAUUGGAAGAAACGAAACUACUGAAUUUCUUUUUUCUUUAAGAUGAAGAAAAAACGGACUCCUAUUUAGAUAACAUUGCUUUCAAAUGAGUCAUUUAGAUACAUUUAAGUGCAGAAAUACUUAAUUCUCAAAUAUGGAUAAAGCAAACGGUGGCCAGGAGGAGUGGUACGAAAAUGACCUUCAGUUAGCGGCUGAGCUCGGCAAGGCGUUGUUGGAGAGAAAUAGAGAUUUGGAAUCGCAGCUGUACCAUGCACAGCAGAUUAUGGAAGAACAGCAGAUGGAGAUUGACUACCAGGGCAACCAGCUGGAUGCACUCAGAGAGUCUGUGGAGUCGAAGAACCGAAUAUACGAGGAGAUUGAUAAGGCUGUGCAAGAACUGGAGCAAACUAAUCAGAAAUACGCCCUCGACAGCAAGGCAGACAAACAGAAAAUAGAUAGACAGACCGAUACCAUUCAAACCCUCGAAGAAAAGAACGACGAGCUUUCAAAGAAAGUCGAUGAUCUAAAAGCUGCCGAACGCGAGCGAAAGAAGAUUCAGGUACAACAGAACAAAGACACACGGAGAGCGCGUUCUCUCGCCAACCUUCCGGACAAUCGCGAGAACCGCGAGAUUUACUACGAGAAAAUAGGCACGUGGACGUACAAUGAGAGGUUUCAGAGUUCCAACCUUCCCAUGAAUCCAUACGAGGUCGAGAUCAGGAACCAACAAGAAAUUAUAAAGAGACAAAAAGCACAGAAUAUGCUAGAUAAAAGGAAACGAGAGGACUUGGAAACGGAAGUUGCGCUGUUGUGGGAGGAGAAUACCUCACUUGAGAUAAAGUUGAAGAUUCUUGAGGAAGAUUUGUUUAAGUAUAAGAAACUUCAGGAUGACAUCCAGAAAAUCAAAAUGGAGUCUAGCAAGUAUUGUGUUCAGUGUGGUAAGACAUUGGAUUUGUUGAAGAAAGGUAGUAUCAUACAUACCGAUGUUGAAAUGGAUGAGCCUAAGUUUAACAGCGAGGGGAAACUAGUCAAAAUGGAGAGCGGAGGUUCGGUAUACGGGAGCCGGGAAUCAUUGGACCAGGUUGCUAUGGAGACCAAAGAAACUAUGACGUCAAUAGGAAGUCCAGAAAAUCCAGACGACGCUGGAAUUUCGAUUUUAAACGAGCUGGAGUCACAGUAUCAAGCAUUAUUUAAGAAAUAUGAAAUGUUACUGCAGAAAGGCAGGCGUCCAAGUAGUUUGCUAAUGGAAGACGACGACGAAGCGGAAAAGGAAUUGGAAAAGAGGCUGUCACACAAAUCCGUGCAGACGACAAUUAAAUUGACCAAACCUGGCGAAGAUUUGGAAAAUCCACCAUACAAAAUGAUAUUCAAGGACAUUUUUGCGACUUUACGGAAAUCGCGGAUUGAGGAAUCGGGUGAAAGUGUGACGUCACCGGAGACGUCACGUGGUCGAUGUGAACAAAGUUCUAGCCCCGUGCCAGACGCAAGAUAACAAAGUCAUGCAAAACCGAGUUAAAGGGACAUUAACAUAAUUGAAAGAACAAAUAAUAUAUUUAAAACUUAUUUGAAAUACAAGUAUUACUUUUGAAAACGAAAUUGAAUUAGUUAAGAAUUGACCGAAUUAGUAGGUAAGAUUGUCAUCAGUUAAGUUUAGAGUAAAAUCUUAUUUGCAGCUUUACCUGUCGCUUAAUCUGUUUUAUUUUACCCUCACAUGUAAAUGUUUUUUUAAUAAGCUAGCCUUUUCUAAUAUCUUCAAAGUUUUAUUCAGCUUAAAGUUUGACGUGUGGAGCAUUUUUGUUAUGAAGUUUGCAAUUAUUAAUCUGAAGAUACUGACACUUCUAUUGGAUGUGAUUGUAUAGACGUUGUAUCUGUUUUAAAGGGACACGAUCACACUUGAAAGUCUUCGAACAAAUAAUUUUGUGUGAAAUGUGAACGAAAUGCUUGUUUUCAGCGAUAAUACGUCAUUAAACGUUCAUAUAACAGCUCAGGAUGUUAAAGCUGCACUCUUACAGAUUGACAAAUUUGACAACCUUUUUCAUUUUUGGUCCCAGAAUCCGCUGAUUUUGGCAUCAGUGCUGUUUUUAAUCAGUCAUAUAGGAUAACACACAAUAGAACAGAUUUGAUUUUUUUUGUAAAAUUGCCGAAUUUUCAUUUUUUUCUUAAAGCGUUAGUAACGCUUUUAGCCAUAAAACAUCAAUUUUCGAGCGUAAAUAUUAAUAACUGCGAACUGAUCUUUUAUCACCUGUAUUAUAUCACCGGGUUCCUGACAUAAAGGCAAUAUUUGGCUCUUUCAAAGACAAAAAAAACACUAAAAACUCGCACUGUCAAAGCGGUAAAUCUGUGAGAGUGCAGCUUUAAAUAUGGGACAGAAACAUAAAACGUUGUAAAUGGUAUGGAACAUGAAAUUAAAUAAGGCUAUAAUUUACAAAAAUCUUUUUCAAAUGAAUAUCAGCCAGUUGCUUUUCGGUGUACGUUAAUCACAGUAAGUAAAAUAGCUAAAAUUCAGCAAACAUUAAAAACAAAACCAUUGCCAACAUAAAUUGUGUGAACGAAUUCCUUUAACUUAUCGAGUUAUGCAUCAUUUUAAAUCACAUUGUAUUGUAUUUCUAAGCAUGUGGGAGAUUUUCUUCUUGUUGUUUUUUUGUUAUUGAUAUCAGAAUGAUAUUUCUGUCAGUACAGUGCAAUUUAUCCCAGUAUUUUUUUUAUUUUUCAAUUUUUGUUUAGCUUUUCAAUAAAUUGAAAACAUUU